CACAUUGUUUGUUGUGCCCUUCUGCCGGUAACACUUCAACGACAGUUUAGCGAACGAAACAUCUUUCUCUUUCUUGUCUUGUUUUUGUUUUGAGAUACUAUCCAAGGGCUCUCACAAGUUACUUGAGCAUAUUUUCCGCCUAUAAAAGAAGUUGAAUUAACAAUGGGAAUAAUGGAAGUUAGUAUCAUAGAUCGUUAAAAAAAACGUUGCUGAAAACUUUAAUUGAAUUCUAAACACGUUCAGAAAUGAUGACUGUGUCAAGCUCCAUAUAUUUUGAGACUUAGAACAAAAACCCUCUCAUGAAAAAGGAUAGAUGUAAAAAAUGAACACUGCAAGAGAAAAAAAAUAAUAAUUCGAGAACCUAUGGUAUAUUACAGGCCAAGAAUGGUAUUUUUGUGAGGGUGGAACAGGCAUAUUUAAGACACUCACCAAUUUCUAUCGCGUGACCAUUUGCCAUCGUUUAUUUCUUUUGUAUUGGAUUCAUGGGACCAAAACCUGCACAGAAUGGUCACAACACGUUUUUGGCGGACCGUUUGUCCCGCCCAUUCGCAACUUCCGGUCGCAUUUUUUGCUCUGCUGCUGUUGCUUCCGGUCGACUGCUCAGAGCGAACAGAAGACAUGUCGGAAGGGAGAGAAAUCUUGCAAAGCCUUUAUCAGAACCCUUCAGUGAGUUAUCGCCCUUUGGAUCUGGUCUUUGUACUUGAUCGGUCUGCUUCAGUGAGUCGAGCAGGAUGGGACGCGAUGUUGAGGUUCGUGUCAAGUCUACUAGAACACUUCACAGUGGAUCCGAACAACACUCGAGUCGCCGUCAUCACUUACGCUACCUUCGCAACCAUCGACAUUGACGGUAUCCGGACCGGCAGCCACACAAAGUGCUCACUCAAUGCCCGGCUCGAGAGACACACUCUUCGCAAAGUGCCUGGAGGCUACUCCGCCGCACAUUCCGCUCUCAUGCUGGCAGCAUCCAUUCUCGUUGACUCUCGCCGCGACUCUCGGAAGGCGGUGAUCGUGGUCACGGAUGGAAAGUCCAAUAUAGGACCUCCCCCAGUGCGAGCCGCUGUGUACUUGCGGUCUCUCGUGUGGGACCCCCAGUGGAACACGACCAGCGACGGUCCCCAACUACAGCUCUACGCCUUUGGAGUUCGCCACGCCUAUAUGCCGGAAGUUCGUAGUCUGGCAUGGCCUCAAACAAACCACAGCUUCUACGUUCCAGACUUUAGACAUUUUGCUAUGCUGGCACGUUCUCUGCAUGAUGACGAACAGACAGAAACAUGGCGCGUAGCGGGACAGGGAUCUUUGUGUGGGGGAUUAUGUCAUGAACAAGCAAUUUGCGCAUGCGCAACGAGGCAAGGCCGUUAUACAUGCGUGUGCAAGGAAGGAUACCAGGGCGACGGGAUCACGUGUACGGCCUGCCCUCGGGGCACGUACAAAGGGGGCGUGUCCCCGUCCCGCUGUGCGUCAUGUCCGGCCAACAGCAGCACCCAGCACGAGGCAGCUAUUGCCGUGUCUCAGUGUGUCUGUCGCCCGUCGCUCUACCGGGAGGCGCCAGGGGAACCCUGUCACGCUCGGAAAUGUCCGCCACUCCAAGACAUCGACCACGGUCACAGUUUCCACGUGAAAGGACGUGUCUAUGACGAACUUCCGGACACGGGUCGCCCAUGCCUCAACACACCCGACUCCUCGUGUCAUUUCCGUUGUGAUGUCGGCUUCCGGUUGGAUGGACACCCUGGCCUCGUGUGCUUCCCGAACGGUUCCUGGGUCGGAUCUGUGCCGCAGUGCCAAGUUGUCGACUGUGGUCAGCUGGAGUAUCACAACCAGUUUUCCAGCCGAGGACGUGUCGAGUAUCUAAACGACAGCACGACCUACGAGUCUCAAGUUGAGGUUGUCUGCCUGACUGGCUGGCGUCUGUUCGGAGACAGUCGUCGAACGUGCGCGUCCACGGGACUCUGGUCCGGCACUCAAGCCUGGUGUGUGGAGACUCUUUGCCCUGCUCUUCAUGUCUCGCCUGGGCUCACCAUUUCUCCGAGCACGUGCAGUCACUCCCGCCAGACGCCUGGGUCACUCUGUGAGAUGAGCUGUGGGACUGGCUACCGUCAGGAUGGGCCAGCCUCCGUGCGAUGCCUGGACACUGGGCAGUGGUCACCGCCCACGCCCGGAAUUUGCACUGGAAUGUAAAAUCCCUUCUCCACCACACCGAGGCAGUGUGUCCUGCUCCCCCACGCCCACUUCCCUCCAGACGUGUGUGCCUCACUGUCGCCAAGGGUACGCCUUCCAUCAGGUAGCACAGAAUGUCUAUGUCUGCGACCUCAACGGCAGGUGGAGGCUACGGCACGGGACUUUCUGGCCAGACUGCUCCAGGAGGUACUUCCCGCACAAAGCUGAGCUGCGAGGUCGCGCCAAGUUCUACUUUGAGGGCGGGGACUGUGUCUCUGCGAGGGCGGAAAUUGCUGAGAUGUUCCGCAACACUCUGCAAGAUCUGUCAUGGGAGGUGUGCGGGGAUGAGACUUGUAAUGUAGAAGACGUCAUUGUGUACUGUGGAACUGACUCCAAAAAGAAACGGAGACGACGAGAGGUGCAAAGGAAACCAAGGGGACUCACGAUAAGCGAGGGAAUAUUUAAAAACACGACAAGUCUUCGCUUUGCCUCGAAGGAAGAAAUCUCGAGUGAAAAACAGGAGAUUCGGAAUCAAAGGAAGCAGUUUCAGUUUUUUACGAAAGAAAUCAGGAACAAAUUGGAUGACCAUAUAGACAGAGAGACACCGUCUUCAGUUCUUUUUCCUUCUACCACAUCCUUUAAAGCAAGAGUGAAAAGAUUUGACCCAUUUUCUAGUCGCCGUGAAUUACAAGACAUGGGAACUCCUUUUCAGCGGGAUUCCGACCAACGAAAUAGAGGAGCUUCCCAUUCUGAAACCAGUGCCGGACGUCCAGAAAAAGACACAGACUCGGUGGAUAAGGGCCCUGACGAGAAGGAAAUCAAGCGUGACCUGUUCUACAUGAGCGAUGACGCUUUUGAAAAGUCUGGUUUUACUCCGGACAUGCAGGCUUUCCAUCAAAGUCCCACUAAAGGCUAUCUGUCAGACGAUGGGAAGAGGCCCGUGCAAAGUGCUUCGAACAAAUAUCGAGAGGGGAGAUCAUGGAGGAGUGCAGAUACUGCCAGAGAGUACAUUGACACAACAACUCCAUCGUCAUCAGCUCUAAAUAUGAAUCCAUUUGUACAAUUUCUUGGUUUUUCCUCUACGACAGCUACCGGUGAUUCCCCAGCGAAUUCUAACGUAGAAGGCACUACAGCACCGUCAUCUCUUGAGCCGUUUCCCCAAAACUCCACGGUGAACGAUCAAAAUGGUACAACAAAUUUUCCCGCAAAUUCUUCGCAAAAUAGCAGUAACGAGGAGGAAUCAGACACUCUGCCGUGGAAACUCUUCGACGAAAUGGAUAAUAGCAACAACACUUCGAACUCUGACCCGUGGGAUAGUUGGCUGGCGAAAGACAUUGACAGAGGGGCUUCGGGUGCAAACACGAGCACGUCACAAGUGGAGAUCGAGUUCCUGAUUCAAGCGUCCCUUGCCGCAGAUAAUAUGACAGCUUCAAGCCAGUACACAUUGUUGAACACACUCGCGGACGUACAAGACUCUCUGACCAUCAAAUGGGACAGUUCCUUCAGCAAUGAAACCCAGCAGGAUGGAGACAGACAGUCAGACAAUGGAACGCUGGUGUCGUCUGGGGGGCUCAGUUUUGACAUGCCGGAAGUCAUUUCCUGUCGUUCUGGCCACGUGACACAGAUCGACCUAAUGAACCAGAUACAAACGUGUGUCGCUUGCCCAGCCGGUUCAAGAUACGACCCAGAAGAUGACCGUUGCAUCACAUGUCAAAUCGGUGAAUAUCAACCUCAAGCUGCUCAGAUGAACUGUCUAGAGUGCCCGGCCAAUACAACGACUGUAAACCAUGGAGCGGUCAACAGCUCGCAAUGUGCAGCACUGUGCAGCCCUGGGGAGUUUUCCAGCUCUGGUUUGGCACCGUGCCAGAAGUGUCCACGACACAGCUAUCAGCCCUUCCGCUCGGCAAGUGCUUGCCUCCGCUGCCCCGCUGGACGUCACACGCAGCACCCGGGGGCUGUCCAUCGGUCACAGUGCUUACAUUUGUGCGGACCAGGCAACUACAGCGAGACAGGACUGGUGCCUUGCCAGCCUUGCCCCCGGGGGUCCUAUCAGCCCGAGGCCGGGGCCACAGAAUGUUACCUGUGUGAGGGAACAGAGACAACAGAGGGCGAGGGUGUCACCAACAGUUCAGCUUGUACCGCCCAGUACGUGUGCAACGACACAUUUUGCGAGCACGGUGGUCAGUGCGUCCUAGUCAAUGAAACAGCCUGGUGUGUUUGCCAGGCGGGCUACACUGGUGCCCGGUGUGAGGAGAGCGUGGACAAUUGUCUGGGACAACCCUGCCUCAACCUAGGGUCCUGUCAGAACGAAGUCAGCGGCUUCUCCUGUCUUUGUACGCCUGGAUUUUCUGGACCGACGUGUGAAGUGGACAUUGACGAGUGCAUGUCCAGUCCGUGUCAGAAUGGUGGGUCGUGUCUGGACCAGGCCACUGGCUACUCGUGUUUCUGUCCGGCGGGCUGGACAGGGGCCCACUGCGAGGUCGAGGUCAAGGUAUGCACAGAGGUCACGUGUGUGCACGGCAGUUGUGAGGAGAGCGAUGGUUCUCCUAACUGUGUCUGUUCCCCUGGAUAUGCAGGCAGCUCGUGCAAUGUUACCUUUGACCUCUGUUCCUCCCAUCCAUGCAUGCACGCGGGGGCCUGCAACACCCUUAUUGGCGGCUUUGAGUGCCUCUGCUUGCCUGGCUUUAUUGGAAGCCUUUGUGAGACACAAAUCAACCCGUGUGAUUCGAACCCCUGUAGUGAAGGGUCUACCUGUAUCAAUGCCCAGCUGUCAUACCUGUGCAAGUGCCCGGCCGGGCGGUCAGGUGUAUCCUGUGACGAGGAAGUGUCUCCAGACUACGACCUGGUCUUUCAGCCACGAGCACCUGAUGGUCAGUUUGUGUCUUUGCCCCCUGAACUGAUGCCAGAUUUGACCUCUAUGACGCUGUGCGCCUGGUUCCGGCCCUUACCUCUGGCAGCCUUUGCCUCUCUUGUGACCUUCAACUUGCUCCGCACGCCAAACCUGAACCCAAGUUGGAGGGAAGACGGUGGACCACGAGAUUUUGACGUCACUUUCGCCAUCAGGCAUACCGAUCAGAUCAUGGUUCAGAUAUUUGAUGAAGAGAAGAUGACCAAUGUUAGUUUACCUCCUUUUACCUGGUCUCACCUUUGCGCCAUCUGGGAUUCGGGGGAAGACGCGUGGGCAGUCUUCCUCAACGGCUCAAGUGUAGCAGCCGGUGGCCUUGACCUACCCUUGCCGCUGAUCCCGGGUGAUACGUCUGUUGUCUUAGGACAACGAAACCCCUACCAUAGAGACCAAGCAUGGGAAGUUUACGAAGGGGAGAUAACUCAAUUAAAUGUCUAUGGACGGGUGCUUACUUCCCCUGAGAUCAGAUCAAUCGCUGGGACGUGCAGCCCUACACCAGGGGAUGUGAUAGCCUGGACGCAAUUCUUGCCUUACAUACGAGGAGACCUGGUCAUCAGGGAGGGCUCACACUGUCAAGAUGUAAACGAGUGCUUCUUCCCAGAAGUGUUCCCGUGUGGUUCCCGCCAGUGCCUGGACUUACUCGGAUCCUACGUCUGCUCUGAGUGUUUACAGGGAUACUCUGGUCCCAACUGCGACGAACCUGAAGACGAGUGUCUCUCGGACGUUUGUGCGGAGGGUGCUACUUGCGUGGACGGUCCGGAACCACUGGACUUUCAGUGCUUCUGUCCAGCUGGAUUUACAGCCCCUCAAAGAGAUAGCGGCGUGUUACCUGUUUGGGCCACGGUUGCCAUCAGCUGUGCCUGUAUUGUUCUGCUGUGCCUUCCCGUCAUGAUAUUCUGCCUCCGCAGACGCGCCAAAACGCGGGCGAAGCAAGUAGCCCUGACAAUCGACACGGACCUGUCUAUGGACCACGUUACCAAUCAUGGUUUCCAACCAGACGAAGACAGAAUUGAGGAAAGCACGUAUGCCGAGCUUAGUGACGACUGCUCGUGGCCUCAGCUCGACACAAUUCGCCAGCUUCCACGCACAGGAGACAGUUCCAUGGCGCAUGCGUCAGCCAGCACUUCUGCCAGAAAGGUUUCCUCUACCUCCUCGGGCUCUUUCGCAUCUCUACGAUCUUCUGUGUCGAGAGCAACGUCAUCCAGAAGGGACGAGACGAGCCAGCUCUUGCUGCACGAACAUGGCAAGGGAGAAGGGGAGAGUAACUUAGGGUUUGACCCUGAGGAUGACUACCUUGUACCUGAGCCCGCUACCAAGAGGAGGGGAAACAACGCUAUGACAGAAACGUCUAUGACUCCGAUGCACGAUGGGAAACUGGAUGAAGACAACAAACCGGAGCAAAUACGCCACAAAGCCGCGGUCCAUAACGUCUAUGUGAAUAUGCAGUCUCGAGACAGUGCCCCCCAAGGAGUGGAGGGACUAAAGGAACAGGAGAACAAAGGUGGGUUCCAAAUGGUUGAGAAUCCCGGGUAUAUCCCAACUGGCGAUGUCGCUAGGAUCCAGCCUGGGUUGAACACGGCUACAAAUGUGGGCAUCAGUUCACUUCCGUUCGACACGUAUUUUAUCAACCCUGCGAGAGCCCAGCGAAGUGGUCCUGUUACGGGAGAUUACGUCAACGAGAUUUCUAAUAGAGGAAGUUUUAGUUCUGGUGUGACCGUGGAAGGAAGAUCAAAAGGAGAACCCUCCCCGUCUCCUGGAUCGCCUCAAGGGUCGUCGCAAGAACAAAAUCCUUCCUUACGCCCCCCUCCUACCAAAGGUGCUGGUUCGUCUGCAAUUCACUCCAGCUAUAUUCCUUUCACUGACAAAAUAACGCUUAAUACAGUUAAGGAAAAUUCAGAGGUUCCCAAUACUUCCCCACCGGCCAUAGGCAGCGCUCUGAUGGGUGUAAAACCUUCUAUACCAUAUCCUCUGCGGACUCAAGUAAGUCGUGGACAGGAAAGAAACAGUUUUCCGCCCACAACAGGCGUUCAAGCAAAAAGCAUGCCGUACGUGGAGCUUGGGGCAACUAACCAACACAGUCUACAGCACGGUAUGAGCAGCGAUCAGUUCCUUCCAGAGUAUCUAGAACUUUCCAACGCACAGAAUCCGCCGGCUGACUAUUCAAAACCCGAAACGUUCCCUCCUUUGCAUGGCAAAGGCAAAACAAACCUGCGUCAAUUGAAUGUUGCAAGUGAUACCCUGACAGGACGUAGCACAGGUGCCUCUCCAUUUCUCAGUAAAGAAGGGAAAGCCACCAGCACCAUCGGUGUUCUUGAGGAUUUCACAUCAAACUUACCCAAGAUUGACAAAGCGGAAUCCAAGGCUCCCUACAAACCAAAACCACCGCCGAAAGUAGAAAUACACGACUUCCACAGAGAAGGCAAAUCAGGUGACAGAGGGCGCGGUGAUGCGCUAACGUCACACAAUGCCAGUAGAUCCGCUGGAGGCUUGACACGCCUCGAAGAUCACAUUACCGGGGGUCACAAAUCAGGCCCAAGCCAAACCGACUUAGGUGGGGCUGGGGUCAUCAAGGACGCGGGGAACACCGGCCCUCGUGGUGGGAAGCUUGCCACGGGAACGUGGAGAAAUAACGGUCAGCGAAGUGGGCGCAAGCAAAAUACGAGUCAGUCAUCGGGAGUGGCACAGACGAGGAGUCUGCCUCCUCUUCCAAGCGAUACUGACUGA